UAUAAUGUUGGUAAGAAACGUACGCGUUGAAUAGGUUCUCAUCGGUGUGAAUUUAUCGGUAAAAGUUAAACCAUCAGUUUAAUUGAAACAUAAUUUAGUUUAUUGAAGCGUAAAUGCUUAAAUAAAGGGAAAAUAUAAUAAAAAAUACUUAAUAACCCAUAUAUACAGCAGCAAAUAUGACAAAAGGUAUGUCUAAAUACUGUAACGUUGUGUACUAAAAAUACCGGUACAAGAGGUUAAGUUCAGAACAAGCGUUUACAGAGAGUGAGGAGUAUAAAUAUCAAGGAAUUAUGAAUUUUGAGACAUCCUUUUUUUCAGGCUUUGAAGACGAGGCUAUAGAGAAGAAAUCUGUGGAAAACAAUGACACUGAUAAAAAAGCAGCGUCCGAAGCUGGACCAGAUCCAUCUGCACCCAUUACGAGAAAGGGUGUUUUAACUUCAUUCUUAACUGGCAAGCCUAUGGAAAUACCUGAUCAAGAUAUUCUUGGAAAAUGUCGAUUUGUAUCGGAGUUUGAAAAAUUGAAUCGCAUUGGUGAGGGUACUUAUGGAAUAGUAUACCGAGCUAGAGAUACCAAAAAUGACAAAGUUGUUGCUCUUAAAAAAGUUAGAAUGGAACAUGAAAAGGAUGGAUUGCCAGUAAGCGGUCUGAGAGAAAUUUCUGUUCUUCUAUCUUGUCGUCAUGAAAAUAUUGUUCACUUGAGAGAAGUCGUCGUUGGAAGAAGUUUAGAAAGUAUAUUCCUCGCGAUGGAAUAUUGCGAACAAGAUUUGGCUAGUUUAUUGGACAACAUGCAGGCUCCAUUUUCGGAAAGUCAAGUCAAAUGUAUUGUCUUGCAAGUAUUGAAGGGCCUAAGAUAUUUGCAUCAUAACUUUAUCGUACAUAGAGACUUGAAAGUUUCAAAUCUUCUUAUGACCGAUAAAGGAUGCGUUAAAAUAGCUGAUUUCGGACUUGCUAGAUGGUUUGGAUUACCUUUAAAACCAAUGACUCCCAGAGUAGUAACAUUGUGGUAUAGAGCACCAGAAUUGUUAUUACAAGCAAAGACACAAACAACUUCAGUUGAUAUGUGGGCUGCUGGAUGUAUAUUAGGAGAACUGUUGGGUCAUAGGCCUCUUUUACCUGGACGUACAGAAAUUCAGCAACUGGAAUUAAUAGUUGAUUUAUUGGGUACACCCAGUGAAGCUAUUUGGCCAGAGUUUAAUUCUUUACCGGUCUUACAGAAUUUUACUCUUAAACAACAACCGUAUAAUAAUUUAAAACAAAGAUUCCCUUGGUUAAGUGCAGCUGGUUUGAGAUUAUUAAACUUUUUAUUCAUGUAUGAUCCAAAGAAACGAGCAACUGCGGAGGAAUGCUUACAAAGCAGUUACUUCAAAGAAGCACCAUUACCCUGCGAUCCAAAACUUAUGCCAACAUUCCCUCAACAUCGAAAUAUGAAGAAAGUUGUUCCGCCUAAAGAAAAUCGUGAACAAGAGAAUAAUGUUACAGACCAGACUAAUAAUUUACCAGCAAUUUCUGAUCUAUUGGGAUCUUUAGUUAAAAAGAGACGCGUGGAAUAAACAGAAGUCUAAUCUUCUUUUCACAAAAACAUUUUUAACUAUUUUUCCUGGAUUACAAAAAAAAAUUUUGUAUUUCAUUACAAAUAUAAUAUCUAAGUUUAAUGUAUAAAGUAUUCAUGUACGACAAAAGAGAAAAGACGUUAUUUACGUAUCAUAUAGUUUUAAAAACGAAUAUACUUACGUUUUUAUUCGUUUGCUCGUGUGACAUUUUCGUAUGACUACGUCUAUUUCGUGUUAAUCAAUUUCGAAUUAAUCAAUUUCAAAUUAAUUAAUUUUUCAUUUGAGAAAAUAAAAUCUUUAAUCUAGUACACGCGUAUCGAUUGAUGAUAUAUACAAAAAUUUUUUUAAUAUUUGAAGUAUCGCAUAUAUGUAGAUGAGGUUGAAAUGUUUUCAGUCCAACAUAGAAGCAAUUUAUUUUUUCAGUCAAACUGAUUUUUAUUUUUUCUUUAAAUAUAAAAGUUUGUAUUGUUACAGCUCAAAAAUGUUCAAACCACCCGCGUAUAUGCAUAAGGUGCA